AUGGCGCAGCAACUAGCUGAUGCCUAUGGGAAUGUGUUUUGCAUUCGCCUGGGAAGAGACACAACAGUGUUUGUGUCUGGCUACAAGAUGGUGAAGGAGGCUUUAGUGACGCAGGCAGAGAACUUCAUGGAUCGACCUGACAACCCGAUGCAGCUGUACAAUGCAUUCCCCAGACUGAUGAAGAGCCUGCCAGGGCCUCAAAAUGCCAUAUUUAGCCUCUUAAAAUCACUGGAGGCCUUCAUCAGAGGAGAGAUAGAGAGACACAAGGUGGACUUGGACCCCAACAACUCACGAGAUUACAUUGACACCUUCCUCAUGGAGGAGAAACUCGAAGAGAACCGUGAGGUGGGGUUUUAUGAGGGUAACCUGGUUCUGUGCUGUCUAGCCCAGAACAGUUUACAAAAUGUUACUGUAUUCUCAGGAAGACCAUUCAACCCCCACUACAUCCUGAAGAGUGCCGUUGGUAAUGUCAUCUCCGCUGUCGUCUUUGGACAUCGCUUUGAGUACAGUGAUGAAGGUUUUCAAAACCUCCUGCGGUUGGACAAUGAGGCUGUUUUGCUUGCUGGGACAGCCAGGGCUCAGCUCUAUGAUGCCUUUCCGGGCCUGUUGAAUUACCUGCCGGGACCUCACCAGACCAUCCACUCCAACUACAGGAAGAUCGUAGCUUUUUUGCAGAUGGAAAUACAGAAGCACCAGGAGGAGUGGAACCCAGAGGACCCUCAAGAUUACAUAGACACAUACUUGGCAGAGAUUGAGAAGAGAAAAGGGGAUCCCCACGCUGGCUUCAACACAGAGACCCUGACAAUUUGCACCCUUGACCUGUUUGAGGCUGGGACAGAGACCGCUGCUACCACUUUACGCUGGGCGCUGGUUUUUAUGAUGAACUACCCAGAGAUACAGGAGAAGGUCCAGGCAGAGAUAGACAGAGUGAUCGGACAGUCCCGUCAGCCCACGAUAGCUGACAGACCAAACUUGCCUUAUACUGAUGCUGUCAACCAUGAGACUCAAAGGAUGGGAAAUAUUGUCCCUCUGGGAUUCCCCAAAAUGGCUGGUAAAGAUGCCACACUAGGAGGAUAUUUCAUUCCCAAGGGUACAGCCAUUUCUGUAAACCUUUCAUCUGUGCUGUUUGACAAGAAUGAGUGGGAGACUCCUGACACUUUCAACCCUGAGCACUUCUUGGAUUCAGAGGGCCAGUUCCGCAGAAGAGAAGCCUUCUUGCCAUUUUCAGCAGGUAAACGUGCGUGUCUUGAUGAGCACCUGGCUCGGAUGGAGCUCUUUGUUUUCUUUGCCUCCCUGCUCCAGCUUUUCACCUUCACCCCUGUUCCUGGAGAAAUGCCGAGCCUGGAGGGUGUGAUGGGCUUCACCUAUUCCCCUGAGGAGUUCAAGAUACUUGCCAUGCCACGAUGA